CGAGGGAUGGGAUGGAGGAUGCACAAGAGUCAAGAACGGUGGGAAGUCUCGCGAAGCCAUCUCUGGAUGACGCGCUGCUCCCGCGGACCUCGAUUCGGCAGCAGCGAGCGACGGGGACGGGUAUGUCCUCCAGCAUGCAUACCCCGCCCCCUGCAGCAAACCAGACACCAUGGGCUGUGGGCAUGCAUGGCGGGUGGAAGAGGAGAUGCGCGCACCGGAGCCCCGAUGCUGCCCAAUGGGGAAAUACCAAAAGGUCACUCGUAGAGUCGUAUCACCACCGACGCGUCCGUCUGUCCAUCUCAACAGUGCCAGCGACAACCCGCCCCGCCAUGCCUGCCACAUUCUCCACAGAGUCAUACUUUGAGACCCAGCAGCAGCCGGAUGGCACACAGGAGAAGACGGCUGCCGUCCUACAGUUCGUCCAGAAGUGGCUGGCUGUUCAGGACAAGAAGGUCGUCCUGGUCACCGUGAGUGACGGCCCCCUCUUGCAACGCCAACUGACCCCGCAUAGAGUGGCGGCACCACAGUUCCCCUGGAGGCCAAUACGUGUGUAAUCGCUGCCGACAUGAUGAUCUGCAAGCUGACUUGAAGCCUCGAGUGUUCGUUUCCUCGACAACUUUUCAGCCGGUACCAGAGGGGCGACCUCGGCAGAGUACUUUUUGUCCCAGGGAUAUGCCGUGAUAUUCAUGCACAGACAACACUCCCUCCGGCCCUUCUCCCGGCACUACUCUCACUCCCGUCGCUCUUUCCUCGAUUUCCUCUCCCUCGUCCCAUCUUCAACCAAGCCCGACGAACAGUCCAUCGCCGUCUCACCAUCCGUCGCCCAAGAACUCUUCCCUAUCCUUCAGGCCUACCACAAGGUCCAGGACGAAGGAACGCUGCUCAGUAUCGACUUUCAAACGAUCAACGAGUAUCUGUGGCUCUUGCGAGGUGUGACAGAUAUCAUGGCGACCUUGGGACGCAGAGGGCUAUUCUACCUGGCCGCCGCAGUGUCAGACUUCUUUUUGCCAGACGAAAAGAUUGCCGAGCACAAGAUUCAGAGCGGCAAGGGCACGUUGUCGUUGGAGAUGGACCAGGUGCCAAAGGUGUUGAAGCCCUUGGUGCAGGAGUGGAUGCCUGAGGGUUACAUUGUCAGCUUCAAGCUUGAAACGGAGGCAGAGCUCCUAAUACCCAAGGCUCGCGCUGCCCUGUCUCGCUAUGGUCACCAGCUCGUCAUCGGUAACGAGCUUCACCGUCGCAAGUACGAAGUCGUAUUUGUCGAACCUCUGUCUUCCACCAUCCGAGGAGACGACUCCAUCUCAGGAGCGUCCACACCCCCGCUGGAAAGAUCAAGAGAUGACCAAUUCAAAGAGACGUGGCUCAAGCUGGACGAUAUACAAGUGGGUGCGGCGGAAGCUGGUGUGUCUGUCGGAGGAAGUGGCAAGGAUGGCGAGGUCGAGAUUGAAGAGUUGAUUGUUAAAGAGCUGGUGCAAAGACAUCAAGAAUGGAUUUCAGCAAAGCCACAAUGAGACAGUCCAAGUGGAAUUUCUAUGUUUGUAUCAUGCAUUUUACAGCACU